GAGCAUCGUGACAACUGCGUUUUCUCCUGUAUUGCCCCUCGGGACCAUCACGACUCGCCCACUCAACCAAGAGCGUGCGGAUACGGCCACAAACGUGUUAAACACUGCUCGCCCACUCUUGGUGCUGCUUCAACAAUCGUAUUCUUUUUUUUUGCCAACCUCAACGCCCAACCCUGCCAGCACGUCAAUAUGUUCCUUCAAUCUCUCAAAUCUCAGGUUCGAGGCCCCUCGCUCGGCCUGCUCGCAGCGCUGAGCGUAUGCCUCGUCUUGAAUUUAGGGGCCUUUUUCUUCUCCCUCAACAUCUUGACACGUGGGUCGCAGUCAUACACCUACCUCGAAGGUGACCGGCCUCAUGCGCUCCCCAUCAAGGUCCGCACCAUCCAAGCCAAAUUCCACGACGACCCCGACUACUACGGGAUGGAAGGCUUCGCUUCCAUGGCCGAAUGGAACGCGAUCCGGCCCCCUGGCAAGGGCUUCGUCUUUCUAGGCGAGGAGCACUUUGCAUUUGGCGUGUCAAUGUGGCACCAGAUGCACUGCCUGAACCACAUUCGCGCCAUGCUUGUCAAUGGGGACGAUGGGUCGGAUCACACGGCGCACUGCUUCCAUUAUCUACGGCAGGGCAUUCUCUGCGCCGCCGACACAACUAUAGAGCCGGGCGGCACAAACAAGCUACUGCCCAACGGUGACAAGGUCGCUGCGGGCGAAGAAGCUGUGCAUACCUGCCGGGACUGGAGACAGGUGCACGAUUGGAUGGAGAGCCAACAUGAGAAAUGGACACCUGACAUGUUCGAGAGGAUUAAAGAGUCUAGUCUGUAA